GCCGGCCCCGAGGCCGCCGCUCCGCUGCGCCUGGCCCUCCCUCCGCUGCCCCGCGAUGAAGGCGGCCCAGGCCUCAGGCGAGGAGGCGCCGCCCGGCGCGCGGUCCGUCAAGGUGGUCCUGGUGGGCGACGGCGGCUGCGGGAAGACGUCGCUGCUGAUGGUCUUCGCCGAGGGCGCCUUCCCCGAGAGCUACACCCCCACGGUAUUCGAGCAGCUCACCGUGAAUCUGCACGUGAAGGGCAAACCCGUGCACCUCCAAAUCUGGGACACAGCAGGGCAAGUCGACUACGACCGCCUGCGGCCCCUGUUCUACCCUGAUGCCAGCGUCCUGCUCCUCUGCUUUGACGUCACCAGCCCACACAGCUUUGACAACAUCUCUAACCGGUGGUACCCGGAGGUGAAUCACUUCUGCAAGGAGGUGCCCAUCAUCGUCGUGGCCUGCAAGACUGACCUGCGCAAGGACAAGUUGCUGGUGAAGAAGCUGCAGAAAAAUAGGUUGGAACCUGUGACCUACCACAGGGGCCAGGAGAUGGCACGGGCCGUGGGCGCCGUGGCCUACCUCGAGUGCUCGGCUCUGCUCCAGGAGAACGUCCACACCAUCUUCCAGGAGGCGGCCAAGGUGGCCCUCAGCAGCCGCCGUCGCAACUUCUGGAAGCGGAUUACCCAGAGCUGUUGUGUGGUGACUUGAUGGGCUGGGGCGCUCCUUCCCUGACCACACCAGCGGCACAGGAAGGAGCUGGGCGCUGACCUGGCCAGUUGGCUGGGCUGGACCCAGUCCCCAGGCUGUGACCACCGAACUGUACCCCAAACAGAUGGGCACCACCGGGGCCGGGCCCCUGACUCUGGCGCUGGUAUCCCUGGACUGGAGAGAAACCCCUCUGAAGCCUGAGGAAGGGGGUUCCCGGGCUCACCAGCCCUGUGGAGGGCUAGGCCUGGAGACCCCUGGAAUCACUCCCAGCUCCCAGCCCUGGACCACACAUCCUGGAGCGGCCUGUGCAGCCUGGCGCCACCUCGUGGGUGUUCCCGGGCCUGCACCUUCAGGACCCGGUGGUGCUAGGACCCUCCAGCCAGAACUCACACCCUGCCCCGUCCCCCUUCGCCCUGCCCAUCCCAGUGGUAACUGUAACACUAAAAUGACAUCACUUUUCA